UUUUAACUGUACUACCGAAUCGGGGAAACUGAAAGAGUGUGUGAAAAGAGUAAUGAGCUUCAGUGCCAUCCACCAUCUUCUUCUCCUACUGAAGCUCGAUCUCUCGAACCAAAACCCAAGUCUUUUUCCUACUCCUACUCCAACUCCACAUCCACUCCCUUUCUUCACCCACAAACCUCCAAAACGUUCCAACCCAGUGAGCAGGCGAGUCCACUCGGCCCCCCCAUUGCCACGGAUAUCCUCUCGGAACUGCGUAAACAACCACUUCGUCUCGGAAAUACUAAUCCUAUUGACGUUUUCCUCGCUCCUUCUCUGCCUCCGGCUCUUCUCCAAUGUCUUCCUACCUGAUUUUCCCAGUCGGUGGAGUAACCUUGUUGCUUUCUCCGCAGAAGCCGAAGUCAGAGCAAGUUCUUAUCCUUGGCAUGUGUGGCAAGCCAUUGUCGCUUACGAGGACCAGCGCUUCUUCACGCAUUGUGGGAUUGACCCGGUCGGGAUUGCCCGUGCGGUGUUGUCAUUUUCGGCUCUUGGGGGCGGCAGCACCAUUACCCAACAGCUUGUCAAAAACACCUUCCUAAAGAAUGAACGCACUCUUCCUAGAAAAAUAGUUGAGAUGGUGUUGGCUCUAGCAUUGGAGAGGACAAUGUCAAAAAGGAGAAUUCUUAGCUGCUAUGUGAAUAAGAUUUACUGGGGACAUGGUAUUUACGACAUUAAAUCAGCAUCACUUUUCUACUUUGGGAAGCAUCCAUCUCUUCUAAGUUUGGGGGAGUCUGCAAUGCUUGCUGGGAUUAUACCUGCCCCAGAACUUCGAUCACCACUCAGGGAUCUUAACAGGGGGAAGACCUUCCAAGCUAGAGUCUUGAGGAGGAUGGUGGAAGUUGGUUCUCUUGAUAUUGAAACGGCACUUUUGGUUGUGAAACAAUCUCUUCAACUGCGUGUUGAUAUGUCAGAAUAUGCUGAUGGAUUGUUGCACCUAUUACCUUUUUCCAAGGAGGGACUUGAUGCGUCCAGCAAACUGAACCAAGGAGGAACUAUCUCAAUUUUAAAGGAUGUAUGGAACUGGGAAAGAGAGAGCAUGAUAUGUGAAGCAUGGGAAGAUAUGGAAAGAUGGGCCAAUAAGGUGCGGCCAAUUGUGCAUGGAACUUCAGCAAAAAAAUUCUGGUUGUAGUGACAAAAUGGAUGUUUCCUAGCUAGUACAUAGUAAGUACUGUCUUCUGAUUUUUGUCGUGCCUCUUUAUUAGACUGAACUCGCUAUAAAACUUGGAUAUCUUCACCAGCACUAUGCUAAUUCCAUCAAGUCUUUCUUUACCAUUUUAAUAGGCACCAAACCUUAUAAUAACUGCUUGUGUGCAUGUAUCUUAAGUUUUCUGUGAUAUUUUCUGUUAUGUGGCUAAUGUCA